CUUUUAGUCGGGAAGAUGUCAGCUUGUAGAAAUUUGAAGUGAGUGUGGUUAUUCCGUCAUGAAGUAGUGAAAUUUUUGUAAAUGUGUUCAGUUAAAAAAUCUUACAAUGAGUAAAGAAGGUAGUAGCAUACGAAGCAAAAAGACUCAUUCUGCAAAACCGUACGAUGUUUCACAAUCUUUUGUGGCGAAAGUGGCAUCGCGCUUUACCGGCCUGAAUCCACGCUCGUUGAUCAACCGAUGGUUGGGUCCCGGAGAAGCCAGUGGCGAGCCAAUCCAUCCGGCGUCCUCUAAUUUCGUUAAUUCACAUCCAGUUGCGAAUCUUGAUGAAGAUGUCGCUAGCGACGAGGCCAGACCUUCAAAAAGGCCCAGGCUGCCUGUCGACUCACCAUUUCCUACAAAUAAGCGAUUCGCUAAUGUUACAGUAAAUGAAGAAAUAAGUCCUAUUGUACCAGUAAUAGCUAAUGACGUAGCUGGUGAACCUGGUAGCUCUCGUCAAAUUAAUAGAAAUCCAAGUUUCUCCAGUAUGAAAAAGAAUGCAACGCCUAGACGGACAGUGAAGAAAAUGUCAGCUCCAACCACCAUUACCACCCAAGCAAUUAUUGAAAAUUCAGAAAAAUUUAAUGGUGGUGACGAUUGUUCAGAAAGUAGUGAAUCGACCAGUGGAUGCUCGUCACUGGUUCCUCAAGCACAAUCCUCGUUACAAUCCAGGCACAACGAGUCCAGGCGCCUCAGCCUAUCAGGUGCUGGCAAUUUAAAUGGAUCGUUAUUUCCUGGUCGAAGUAGUCCUAAAGUUGACUUGUCGUUGGUGAAUAGAAGACGUCCCUCUUUUAAUGCAACCACAUUUAAUUCAUCAAGGUUAUUCAACAACAGCGCAAUGAAUAGCUCGAUAUCCAGGUCGCCGUUCUACAGCGGGCGGACAAUGUACGGCGGUGCGUCGGCCUACCAGUCGACGACGGCCGGUCUGUUCGCACCUUCCCCGCGUCGCGCCGGCGUCACUGUGCGCCCCCUCUCCACCGCCAACUCCUCCGCCACACCCGCACUUAGUGCCACCGCCAAGCGCAUUCUCGACGUCUUGGAGCAGUUCUCCACACCUGUGGUGGACGCGAAACGUGUGCCGGUGACGCCAGGCACAGCCACGGCUAAGCGCAAGCUGAACCGCUACGCAGAGCUGGCAGUGCCGCAGACGUCGGACCUGCUGCGUGUGAAGCGACGCGAACGGCUGCAAGACUCCACCUGCGCCGCAAGGCAAGCAUCCAUCUCCAGCUCCUCUGCCUCUGCCUCUGCCAACGCAACCGCAACCGCAGCCGCAACCAAGCACAAUCCACAACCCCACUACAGGCUAGGGAAUGAAGGCAAAAGUUCUCAGUCAUCGCACAUAGGCAAACUGAAGCGCAAUGAAGAAGUAGAUGAGGAAACGGUGGAAGAUGUGCGAUUACCUGAGGCUGUUCUGCCCAUUGAUAAGCUGCCUCGCAUCGACAUCACAGUUCCCCCUCCUCCACCUCCCAAUAAGACAGUCUUCGAAAUCAAGUCGAGUCAGUCGUUCUCGUUAUCAAAAGCUCCAGCGGUCAGUGCUAACCACUUCACAUUCUCCAAACCAGCUCCGGCACAAAUCGAUAGCAGUAGACUUAAUAGUGAAGCAAAGCAAUCGUUUGUUUUCAGUGAACCUUGCAAAUGGAGUGAAGGAUCGGUUGUGAAGAAUGAUUCGGCCAAAAGUAAUGUUAGCAAAGUAAUGUCUGAUAGUAGUGUUGGGAAGGGAAUGGGUUUCAGCGUUAGUAAAGUAAGUAGUCCUAAUAGUUCGAAGGCGUCGGAAAUGCCAACAGCAACAAGUGUGGUAGAUAGUAAAACGGUCAAUCACAAAGACAGCAGUAGCUGGAAGUGUUCAACAUGUAUGGUGAAGAACAGUGAAGAGAGCAGUAAAUGUUCAGCGUGCGGUACUAGCAAAACUGUCCCGCCCAGCUCUGUAGCCUCGCCGAUAGUGUUCAAGGUGCCGGCCGAUACGUGGCAGUGCAAAGAAUGCUUCAUCAGAAACAAGAACACAGUGAAUGCUUGUGCUGCGUGCACGAGUCCCAAGCCCACUGCUAGCAAGCCUCCCCCAGCUGUUUCUGCUCCAUCUUCUACGCCCCAGACUUCUACCUCAGUCACAUCAAGCAGUGUCAACAGCUUCGGAGACAAGUUCAAGAUGCCAAGCAGCAAGUGGGAGUGUAAAGAAUGCUUUGUCAGGAAUGACAACACGGCGCAGAGUUGCGUUGCUUGCUGCACUCCCAAGCCAGGAGCUGCUGCUGCUGCCCCACAAACAAAGAAGCCAGAGGUGAGCGGAUUCGGCAACAUGUUCAAGAAGCCGCAAGGCUCGUGGGAGUGUGGCAGCUGCAUGAUCCAGAACAAGCCAGAUUGCAGCAAGUGUGUCGCCUGUGAGACACCCAAACCAGGCACCAGCGCCAGCGCCGAGAAGCCAACCGCAGCUCCAGCGUUCUCAUUCGGCAAGCCCAUCACCAUUGAAGGCGCAGGACAAGUCACGUUUGGAUUCGGCGCCAACACCUCUGCUCCUAAAAGCGAAUCCACCACGCCGUCCUCCAACUUUGUGUUUGGUGCUACAAAUACAGCGGCCACAAAUGCCAAGUUCACAUUCGGCAUGCCACCAUCCGAUACCAAUGACACUGCUCCAAAGGAGAAGAAAAUCAAGUCACCCGAGAAAGCAUCCAAUCCUUUGCAAGAGCUUGAAAAGUUACAGCAGAAACAAGCAGCUGAUACAACGGUUCCUUUCAAGUUUGGAUCCACUGUCAAUCAUUCUAGUACUGAUAACAAGAGUUCCACAUUGCCUCAAACAAAUAGUUUGUUCAGUGCAGAUGCGUCCAAAUCAGUCACGAAACAAGAAGCGGAUGCUCCCAAGCCUGCUAUGGCCAACUUCAUGUUUGGUUCAAGCUCCUCAACGCCUGCCACCAGUAAACCCAGUGAACCGGUUGUGACAAACUUUGCCCAGAGCUCGGAUCCAGCAAAGAUUGUAUCUUCUGAGCCUGAAAAGUUUUCGUCGCCCUCAGUUCCAAGCCCAAUGUUUGGUGGUACCUCAACAGAUAAGCAGCCAAUUUCCAAUUUGUUCUCGUUUGGAUCGAGUAAUUCAACAGCAUCAACUGAAAAGAAGGGUCCAGUGUUUGGUAGCAGUAGUUUGACUGCUUCGAAACCGGCCGAGGAGCCGGCAAAGCCACUGUUCGGCGCAUCCGCAAGUUCGUCAAUGUUCAUGACGCCUGUGUCUGAGCAGAAGAACAGUCUGUUUGGAGCUGCUAGUGAGACGAAGUCGGUGUUGGGGAAUGUGAGCAGCAGCAGCACUGUGCCAGCGUUCGGAGUGCCCUCGGAGCCGGCCAAGUUUGGCCAGACGGCGCCAGUGCCGACAACCACGGCUGCUGGUUUCACUUUUGGAUCGGCAGCAGUCUCCUCGCCAUUCCUGUCUGCCGGGUCGGCCGACAAAAGCAAGCCGAUGUUCGCGAUGCCUGCAACCGCGCCAGCGCAGUCGACUGGUUUCGGAGGUUUUGGUGCGCCGGCGGCCGAACCUGCCAAGCCGACGCCGGCGUUCACUUUUGGCGCGUCGGCCGCCCAGCCCGCUCCGGCCACUAGCAACGCGUUCGCUUUCGGUGCCACAGCUGCGCCCGCUCAGAAUUUUAACUUCACAGCUAAGGAGAAUGAGCAGCCGAGACCAGCAUUCCAGUUCAACGCUGGCCCAAGCCAGGCGGCGACCCCCGCAUUUGGGGUGCAACCGCCCCCAGCCUUCGACAGCCAGCCGGCCCCCUCAGCCCCCGCCCCUACCCCCUUCUCAUUCGGCGCUCAACAACCUGCCGCCCCCGCCCCUGCUACCAAUCUCUUCAGUUUCGGACAAGCUCAGCAGCAGCAGCAGCCAGCUGCACCGUCGACGUUUAUGUUUGGCAGCGCUGCAGCGACACCCGUGCAGCCUCAGCCCACUGUGCCCACCUUCGACCCCAACGCAAGGCCCACCUUCAACUUCACGGCCGGCGCCCCUGCUCCUACAUUCUCUGCGACAACUCCGUCUACACCUGUAUCCACUACUACUGGAAGACCCAUCAAGAAAGCUAUCCGAAGAACUGGACACAUGAAUCGGUAAAGUUAACAUUUAUUUAUCGAAUUAUUAGUCAUUAAGGCAACAACAAAAUAUUUAAUACUUAAUUAUCAGCUUUUUUUAUUGAAGUAUCAGAUACA